AUGCACAUCACCUCCGUCAGCCUCGCCAUCGUGCCGUCCGUUGUUGUAGCACAAGACUUCACCGUGCCGGGGACGUGGAGGAAAUCGAACGCGACGCUAUCCCGGGAUGAAAGGAUAGCAAUUGCCCGACGAGCGAUAGACUAUUGCAAUAGUUUCUACGACUCAGGCGCCGGACUCUAUAGCUUCAGCGACUCGGCCUCGUCAGAUGACACUUUUAUAGAUCACAAUAGCACGAUUGAGUCGGCGCGACACGGGGCGUCAAUGCUUCGAUACAGUGCCAUGCAUGACCUCUUAGCGGGCACGAAUGUGUACCAGAGCUUCGUGACGAAUGCUCUGAAAAGAGCCGUGGAAAUUUCUCCGCCUGCACCCAACAGCGCGACGAACUUGCCCACAGGCACCAUCCUUGGAGUUGAACUGGGCCAGGGUGAACCACAUUAUUGUCUCCGUUCACGUCGCACACAAGAGGCUGAGAGUCUACUCCAGAGUGAUUUGAUGACCGAGACGUUCAACCAAGUCGGCUUGGCCGCAGUUUAUGCAUAUAGAGCGUAUAAUGAUUCCACAAUGCUCGACGUUGCCCGCACAGUGCAACAAACCGUUGAAAACGCUACCUCGUUCGGUCCACUAGAUCCGCCAAGCUAUCCAGGAGCUCAAAGUGCCGUUGCGCAAUGUGUCCAACCUGGCAUCGCCAACUCCAUACUCCCUUAUCUCUUCGGCAACGCAUCGUCGACAUCUCAUCUUAUCCAAUAUGGUUGGGUACAAAGCUCGGACUGGGCUGGUUUCUUGGCUCUUUCUGCUUACGUGGCCCUGAGCACUACAAACGCACUAUUCGAGGACGGCGUUACAAUCUACGGCUACAUCACACACACAGGAUUCAAGCUUGUGGACGCGCAGACUUCGUUUGCUCACAGCAUUCUUGUCUACAACGCAACCGCGGGGAACAAACAAGAUCCAGCCUCACCUAUAUAUACCGAUGCGGCACACAACUUCACUGAUUGUGCACCUGUUGACGCAGGCAGUCCAAGCGCGGGAGUCUACGUCGAGGCAUUGAGCGCCUAUGCAAAUCUCACGGAGGAGACGACGAUACAAGAGCAACAUCUGCAGGCGCUCCUCAGCGCGACCACUUAUGGUCUCUCCGUAGACGGCAUUCUAUCAGACGAUCGUCCUCCGUACUUGAUCGGGCGUGGCGGUCAUCUUGCGGGCCUCAUGGAUACCCUUCUUCGUACUACCAACCAGACAAUUAGAGACUACAUACAGGCGUAUGCGAAUGUUCAGUUCAAUGCAUUGCAAGAUUUUGCUAUCAACCCAGAUAACCAGACGUACAGUUCGAUGUGGACCGCUCAUGACGGAGAUCUAGGAGGCGCUUUCAACGUAUACUAUCAAGUGGAAGCCAUUCCAGCCUUAAACCUGGCCAUAGGCCUCCCCCCGCCUUCGAAAGCAACAGCGAUCCCACCCGCCUCCACUCAACCCAUAUCCACUGGCGCACCAGGUUCGCAUACGAGUAAUGGCCCGCCUACCGCUGCUCUAGCUGGUGGGAUUGGUGGCGGUGUCGUUGCCUUUGUCUUGGUCAUACUUGUGGUUCUUCUGUGCAGACGACGACGCCGGCAUUCACGUCGCAUAGAGACAGCCACUUCUAAGGAGAAGCUUCCUGGCUUUGUUCCUGAACCAUACACUGUACUACAGGCGGAUACCAGUGAUGCAGGUUUGCUCAGCUCAGGCGGAGCGCCACGUACCAAGCGCUCAGACUUUCGCGACGGGAUUCGGUCAGAUAGUGAAGGGCCGCCCAUACCUGUUGCACACUCAGAGGUUCACUUUGCAGAACGCGAACGACUCGACACGAAUACGAGUCUUCAUGCAGAUAACGAGGUCACGUCACCUGAAACGUUCUUUGAACGCAUACCGACACGCCAUCUUGCGCGAAUACUACACGAGCGCGUCACUGGUAUGCCACCGGGAGACGCAGACGAGUAUGAAUGGCGGUUGGGAGGUGCGGAUCGUGCGACGAGCCCACCGAGCUAUCGGUCGAGGAGCCUACGCUAG